GGUGCAAAUCCACUGCUCCUUCCUGCCUCCCAACCCCCCUUCUCUCAGCAUUUCUAUCCCCGCCUUCCUUAUCCAAAUUUUCCUGCCAACUGUUAGAGCUGACUUCCGCAAUCCUGAUGGAAUAAAUCUAGUGUCCCCAGUCCACAUUAGCCAUACUUCCCUGCCGAAACGAGCCCAGACAACAGAUUCCCAUCAGCAGGAUGUGGGGGCUCAAGCUUCUGCUGCUACCCAUGGUGAGCUUUGCUCUGUACCCUGAGGAGAUUCUGGACACCCAGUGGGAGCUCUGGAAGAAGACCUAUGGCAAGCAAUAUAACAGCAAGGUUGAUGAAAUAUCUCGGCGUUUAACCUGGGAGAAAAACCUGAAGUAUAUUUCUAUCCAUAAUCUUGAGGCUUCUCUUGGUAUCCAUACAUAUGAACUGGCCAUGAACCACUUGGGGGAUAUGACCAGUGAAGAGGUGGUUCAAAAGAUGACUGGACUCAAAGUACCCCCAUCUCAUUCCCUUAGCAAUGAUACCCUGUAUAUCCCAGACUGGGAGGGCCGAACUCCAGACUCUGUUGACUAUCGAAAGAAGGGAUAUGUUACUCCUGUCAAAAACCAGGGUCAGUGUGGUUCCUGUUGGGCUUUUAGCUCUGUGGGUGCCCUAGAGGGCCAACUCAAGAAGAAAACCGGCAAACUCUUAAAUCUGAGUCCCCAGAACCUGGUGGAUUGUGUGUCUGAGAAUGAUGGCUGCGGAGGGGGAUAUAUGACCAAUGCUUUCCAGUAUGUUCAGAAGAACCGGGGUAUUGACUCUGAAGAUGCCUAUCCAUAUGUGGGACAGGAUGAAAGUUGUAUGUACAACCCAACAGGCAAGGCAGCUAAAUGUAGAGGGUACAGAGAGAUCCCUGUGGGGAACGAGAAGGCCCUGAAGAGGGCAGUGGCCCGAGUGGGACCCGUUUCUGUGGCCAUUGAUGCAAGCCUGACCUCCUUCCAGUUUUACAGCAAAGGUGUGUAUUACGAUGAAAACUGCAGUAGUGACAAUGUGAACCACGCGGUUUUGGCAGUGGGAUAUGGGGUCCAGAAAGGAAGCAAGCACUGGAUAAUUAAAAACAGCUGGGGAGAAAACUGGGGGAGAAAAGGCUAUAUCUUCAUGGCUCGGAGUAAGAACAACGCCUGUGGCAUCGCCAGCCUGGCCAGCUUCCCCAAGAUGUGAUUCCAGCCAGCCAGUCCCAUCCUUCUCUUUCAUUCCUUCUAUGAUGAUGCAGAUGGUGCAAUGCAAUGACGUACUUUAGGAGGCAACUGGUGUGCCAUUUUUGAAGCAGAUGUGGUGGCACUGAGAUUGUCUUGGUUCAGUUUCCACAUUUGUUUGUGCUUCAAGUUAUAUCCCUACUACUUCCCUUCCCUUCCCUUCACCCAAGGCCUUUUUAAUUGUGGCCACA